CUCACCCACCAGAGACGCUUCCUUCCUCACUCCUCCUGUCGCCGCCGCCGUGCCACCGGCGCCAUCCACCGUCACACUCAAAAAAACACCACCAGUUCUACCUCCCUUCAUAUUUCUCAGCAAACACGCACUCACGCACAUGAUCAAUUCUCUCCCUGUUUUGUUUUCGUUAACGGUUACACAAUUAGCCGGCGAACUCAGAUUUUCGUCUCUGUGUUCGCCUCUGUGGUGAAUUAUACUCUUUGGUUAGGAAAUCUACGUUAAUUUCCACGAAACAGUAACAGAAUCAAGAAAUUGCUUGAAGCAGACUCAACUGCUUCAUACACUCUCCCUCUUUCCGCUUAAUUUACUCGAGGAAUUUAUAUAGCCUGGUAGUGUUGACGAGCUUCGUGGAAUACAAACUUACGCAUUACUCUUAGUGAUGUAUACACAGUCUAAAAUGUUAAUUUUGCAGAGUGGUGAUUAAGAGGGAAAUGAAGGAUGUUUUCUUGGGUGGGGAAGUUAGCAUCAGCAUUCUGGUUACCUUUAAGUCUAUAUGCCCGUACGAACAAGGAUGAGAGCUUGGGUGAUGAUGAGAAUGAUCCUCUGUUAUGGUCUAAAGAGCUUGAAAAACACGCAUUCGGUGAAUUCUCAUUCGCAGUUGUUCAAGCCAAUGAGGUUUUAGAAGAUCAAAGUCAGGUAGAGAUAGGUCAAAACGCCACCUUCAUUGGCGUCUACGAUGGCCAUGGUGGCCCAGAAGCUUCACGCUACAUCUGUGAUCACCUUUUCCCUCAUCUCAUCCGUCUUACUCAAGAAAACGGAUUAAAUUUAACAUCGUCAAAAAGCCUUAAAGACGCUGUUUCUGCUACUGAAGAGGGGUUUCUCUCUCUAGUGAGAAGAACAUGUGGGAUAAAGCCAUUAAUGGCUGCUGUUGGAUCUUGCUGUUUAGCUGGACUCAUAUCUCAAGGCACAUUGUACGUUGCUAACAUGGGCGAUUCUAGAGCUGUGAUCGGCCGUUUAAACAAACGCAAAUCAAAUAAAAUUGUAUCUGAACAAAUCACCGAAGAUCAUAACGCUUCCAUGGAUGAAAUCAGACAAGAACUUAAAUCUGAUCAUCCAGACGACCCUCAUAUCGUCGUUAUGAAACAAGGCGUCUGGCGUAUCAAAGGCAUCAUUCAGGUUUCGAGAACGAUAGGUGACGCGUAUUUGAAAAAACCCGAAUUUGCCCUCGACCCAUCGUUCCCGCGGUUCCAUCUUCGCGAACCGAUCCGGCGACCCGUUUUGAGAAGCGGGCCGUCGAUGCAUACCCGAGAGUUAAAACCGGAGGACAAGUUUGUUGUGUUUGCAUCGGAUGGAUUAUGGGAACACAUGACAAAUCAACAAGUUGUGGAGAUUGUUCAUAAUCAUCCUCGACAAGGUAUUGCGAGAAGGCUUGUGAAGUUAGCAAUGGUGGAAGCUGGUCGGAAAGCAGGGAAGAAGAGGUACGAUGAAGUGAAGAAGAUGGAGAAAGGGUGUAGACGUGCGAUUCACGAUGAUAUAACGGUGGUGGUUGUUUUCAUCGAUCAACAAAAGAUGAAUAUUGGAAUCGAUGAGUUAUCGAUGCGUGGGUUUAAUGACUCGACUUCGCCUUCUGGUUUUAGGGCUUUGGGAUGAAAAAGAUACUCGGUUUUGUGUACUUUUAAUCUUUUUUUUUUUUUUUUUUUUUUUUUUUUUGG